AUGUCGGGAAGAGGAAAGGGCGGCAAGGGCCUGGGCAAAGGCGGUGCCAAGCGCCAUCGCAAGGUAUUGAGGGAUAACAUCCAAGGUAUUACCAAACCGGCGAUUCGGCGCCUUGCCCGGCGUGGAGGCGUCAAGCGGAUCUCCGGCCUCAUCUACGAGGAGACUCGGGGCGUGCUGAAGGUGUUCCUGGAGAACGUCAUCCGGGACGCAGUCACCUAUACCGAGCACGCCAAACGCAAGACGGUCACUGCCAUGGACGUGGUGUAUGCCCUCAAGCGACAGGGGCGCACCCUGUACGGCUUCGGGGGCUAAACGGCCUGAACUAGAGCUCUGCGUGGAUCCAUGCCAACGGCCCUUUUUAGGGCCAACCAUCUAGUUUUCAGAGGAGCUGGACGCUUGGGUAGACCUUGGGGAACUUUGCUUUGGGAGUUGGGCUAGAGUCGGCAAGCUUAGUGGGAAGUAAUGGCUUCUGCAGCGCUAAUCGUCCUGAAUCCACUAAGCAUUAAACUAAAAUCCAUUAAGCAUUUAACUAAAAAUGUUUUUCAUUCGCUCGCCUCUUAAAGAUUAGGUUCCUGAUUUAAGCAGCCUUUCCGUUUGUUUCUCGGUACGCUGUCAUUUGUGAUUGCUGGUCUGUGAAAAGUAGAGUUCCGUGAAGGUCGAGUUCUCUAGCUCGCUGCAUCCGCUUGAGCAAACUUGGAAGGCUUGCAACCCAGAGGUGCCGGCUAGGCUGUUCGGUGGGCUUAAGCCUCAGUUUAUUUUUGGUUUCACUUCCCACCUCUACAGCAAGAGGGGGAGGACUACAUGACUUAAGGGCCCUCUUCAUAGCGGGCCUUGCUUUGUGAUCUAUAUUCUUACCCAAAAGGUGCAAGAGCACUGAAGUCCAGUCAUCAACCAGCCAACAUUCAGGAUAAAUUUAGGUUAUUAGAACAGAUGAGCUCAUUAGUGCAGUUUUAGAACGAGUUUGGCAUAUUGUCUGCUGAGUACCUUUUUUUUUUUUCUUUUUUGAUGCUUUAUCCA